UUAGGGGCGGGCUGCUGUCCAAUGGGCGGGCUCCUUCUUUCGUUGCCGUGCUUGCUGACGGGCCGGAGGCGGCUGGAGGCGGAGGGAUUGGCGGUAGCGCCGGUACCAAUGGUGGCGAGUGCUGCGGUGAAGAGACGCUCCUGAGUUGGCGCCCGGCUUUCUGCCGCCGCGAGCAGAGGAAGGACGUCGAGCCAGCAGAUUGCCACUGUCCUCUCCAUCUCCUCCACGCACUCCUUGGAUGUGACGAAGCUUUUCACUCUCUUUAUUCUUCUGCCAAGGCCGGUUGCCUUCCUCUUUACCGUGUAAGAACACCGGUAGCAAAGUCCCGGUCCAGCUCCCGCCGAUCCGGCCGCUUUUUCCUCCUUUCCGGAUAAAUUACGACCGUCUCAUAACCGUUUUCUGUUUAUAAAGUGACGUUGUGUUUUCCUGAGAGGAUGAGGCCUCUUUGCUUCUUUACAAUCGGAGCUUUUGUGAAGGAGUAGCAAGCAAUACACUUCGUUUUUUUCCUUCUCAAGAUAACACUUUCCAUGAUUUGAUGACGCACUAUCAAAUGUAUUCCAGGCUGGGAAAUGGCAGCAUUCACCCACCAGUUCAAUUAGAAAACUAAUUUAUCCAAAUAGAGGUAAUAAAAAAUAGAAGUCUUAUGAAAAUGCUUGGAUCAGAACGUGGUGUGGUAGAGGAAUGGCUAUCAGAAUUCAAGGUAUUACCUGAAAUGCAGAUUUCCAAUUAUGCAGCAACACUUCAUCGGAAGAAAAUAUUAGUGCCAGCUCUUUAUAAAGUUAUUCAAGAUCCAAAUAAUGAGUUUCUGGAACCUGUCUGCCACCAACUUUUUGAACUUUACCGUAGUUCUGAGGUUCGUCUCAAAAGAUUCACAUUACAGUUCUUGCCAGAACUCAUCUGGGUUUAUUUGCGUCUUACUGUCAGCAAAGAUAGGCAGAGCAAUGGUUGCAUCGAAGCCCUACUUCUAGGAAUUUACAACUUGGAAAUUGCUGACAAAGAUGGGAAUAAUAAAAUUUUAUCUUUUACUAUCCCUUCCUUAUCAAAACCUUCAAUUUACCAUGAGCCAUCUACAAUUGGAUCCAUGGCUUUGACUGAGGCAGCCUUGUGUCAGCAUGACCUCAUCAGAGUAGUUUAUAGUGACCUUCACCCUCAAAGAGAAACAUUCACUGCACAAAACAGGUUUGAAGUGCUAAGCUUUCUUAUGCUGUGUUAUAAUUCUGCUAUUGUAUAUAUGCCUGCCUCUUCCUAUCAGUCGCUUUGCAAGAUGGGUUCUAGGCUCUGUGUCAGUGGAUUUCCACGGCAAAAUGAAAAAUGCUGGAAGGAAGAUGGCUGCAGAGUAGUAUUGGAUCCUGACUUCAUGGUUCAGUUACUCACUGGAAUCUAUUACGCUGUCUACAAUGGACAAUGGGAACUUGGUCAGGAAGCCCUGGAUGACAUAAUAUAUCGAGCUCAGCUUGAACUCUAUUCUCAGCCACUGCUGGUUGCAAAUGCAAUGAAGAAUUCAUUACCUUUUGAUGCUCCUGAUACAUCACAAGGAGGACAGAAGGUUUUGAAAGUAGAGGUUACUCCAACAGUGCCAAGAAUUUCUCGGACAGCUAUUACAACAGCUUCAAUCCGCCGACAUCGCUGGAGAAGAGAAGAUGGCUUUGACUUCUCAAAUGAUGCUGACAUGAGCAUUCCCGGAUCUCCGAUCCUGCACGGCUCCACAGACCUAGGGAUCAAACGCAAGGAAGAGGGGAACGUACUGAUGCUCAGGACCCCUGAGCAUGGCUCACCGGAGCCCAACUUGACAUCAGCCACAAAAGAGGAUGCUGAAGGAGUCAGUGGAAGAGAAGAGUCUGUGAACUUCAAUGACGCUGAUGAAGGGUUUUCCUCUGGGGCAUCACUUAGCAGCCAGCCACCUGGGACCAAACCUUCAUCCACAUCUCAGAGGGGCAGCUUACGGAAAGGAGUUGUUGGGCUUUUGGCCAAGGAUAAGGAGAUCAUCUUGGCUACCAAAUCCACAGACAGCCCUCGAGAAUCUGCCCGUAAGCAAUACUUGCACCAGUCAAUUGACCUCAGUACAGAUGCAAUUGAAAUUACUCCCACAAAGAAACAUUUGAGUUUGCCUGCUGGGCAGGUGGUACCAAAAGCCAGCAGUGUAAGCUUGAUCCGAACUGCAAGUGCUUCUUCCAGUAAAUCAUUUGACUAUGUGAAUGGUAGUCAGACGGGUUCCAACGUUGGCAUUGGCAGUGAUGGUGUUACUAACUUAGCAGCUGGCAACUCCAAUCGUUUUUCAACCAUUAGUCUACAAGAGGACCGGUUAAGUCAAGGUGGAAAUGGUAAAGAUGUCCAUUCACCAGGAGCUCCUCUGACUAAGCAGUCCCGAUCCCCAAGUUUCAAUAUGCAACUAAUAUCCCAAGUUUAAUUUUUUUUUAAACCUUCCUAUAUUUUUUCCAUUUGUCCAAUUCUUUUUUGAGCAACAUCUACAAUCUUCAUCUUAUCAUUUGAAAAUCCUAGCUUUGGUGAUCUUGUUCGAUUCAUUUAGAUACUAUACUAAAUUUUGUACUGAAACAGCAAUAAAACCUCAUGUUUUCGCCCCCUCUCCCAUAAAUGUCAUUGUGAAACAGUAUAAAAUAUGCUUUAUGCCUUUUCCAAGCCUUUGGUUCUCCUUGGGUGAUGUGCAAUCCAUUAUAGGCAGAUCAGUUCCCAUUUCAACACUGUGAGUCUUGAGAAGAUUGGAGGAAAUGGAGAAUAUGAUCCCUAUUAAAACGAAGCUUCGGCUUUCCUGAGAAAUAAUAAACGGGUUAGUUUUCUCAGUCUAAAGUUCUGCAAAGACUAAUGAAUUGUGAUUUUUUUUGUCUCUUGGAACCAAGAGUGCCUCAGAGAUUCUAGUAGGACUUUGGACCUCUGAGUUAGUGCAAUCAAUUCUGUGGGAGAGAAAUAUUGUCAUUGCUUCUGAUGAUGGUUGAAAUGCACUUUGUCAUGAACAUUAGAGUAGUCUUCCUCUACCAUCCAUCCACUCUUGCCCUCCCAAGCUUAAUGUUCAGCUACCGAGACAUGUAUAUGUGACAUGAAAUUGCUCUUUCAGAAUGAAUGGGCUGUAAGUAGACAGCAUAGUUUGCAAUGCAGUUUUAAGGCCUAUGGAGCCAUGUUUACAUGUCUUCCCCACCCAGGAAACAGGGUUGUUUCUCUACGUGGUAGAAAUUUGAAAGAUGAAAUACAUUUAAAAUAAGACUGAGAAAAUGGGACAUGGGCUUUCCCAAGUAUGACUACUCAUCAAUGCUCCUUUAAAAGUUACUUUUGUAAGUUGAUAAUCUUUGGAACCUACAAGAACAACUGAAGUUUAGAUAAGGGAGUUUUUCAGGGUGCUUGCGGUAGAAUGACUAAAUUUUGUCACUGAACAGAUUCAGAAGCUUCAAAAAGGACAAGUGUUCUCCAGCGGGAAAUGCCAGGAACAGAGGCAAUGGCUGCUGGAAAUACUGAGGCAUCAGUUUUCCUUAAAAUCAUUUCUCAAGCAGUGGGGUUUUUUGGCAGCUUUCUCUUUCCAAAGGAAACAAUUCACUGCCUAUAUUUUGAUCAAUCCAUUGCAGUCAUAUUUCAUAUACUUAAUGUAAUGCGGGUGUGUGUGGGGGAGCUAAAGAUAUUAUCUCCCCCACUUUAAUCUGGGAAUGCAUACUGUUGAAUUUAAUCUUGAAUGCAUGUGGUGUGUCAGCAAUAUGUGAUAUUAUGUGCUGUAGAUCACUGCUUUAAAUUGCAUUUCUUAUUCUAAACAAAGCGUUCAUCAUGUUUUGAAGAGUAAUGUAUACAUGAAAAGCAAAAGGGGGCUGUUUUGCCUUCUUAUAUUUUUGCUGUACUUUGACUUGGAUUUCUGUUGACAGUUAAUGAAAGGAACAGAUAUAAGUUAUAUUCCUCCCUCCCCCAAGUAACCUUUUGAAUUAAUUAUAGGUUGAAAAGAUUCAAACAUAAUACAUUAUUUUCAGAAGGGUCAAAGGUUAAAAUGUUUAGAUUACCAAGUGCCAUUAUUCUGCUAAAGAAAAAUUUAACUUUAGUUGAUAGUUUCCAAUUCUUCUACUCUCUUUUGUCUUUCUUCCCUGACUUUGAUUUGAAUCUGGAGUUUGUCAGAAGAAUUGUAGCUAAAGUAAUCCUCAUUUUAAAUUAUUACUAUUACAUUAAGUAGUAGUUACUUUGUAUAGGCACUCUCAUUAAAGUAAAGCUAAUGUCAAAUUUAAUUCCAAUAUUACUGAAACUCAGGAAUGUUUCCCAGUGAUUCACUGUAAUUAUUGAAUAUUCAGAAUAAUUUUGAAUAAUAUGUAUAAUGUAGGUUAGACUUCUUGAGCUCUAAAGCCAUCCAUUACAGACAACUUCAAAAAGUUUCUUUGUUCUGUAGAAAAAUUAAGAAGGGACCUAGCUGUAUGUCUUUAUUUUUCUAGAGAACUAAUAUGAUUCCCAUAUAAUUCAACAGUCUUUUUUAAUAAUAGAAACUAUGACCAUUGUACAGAAAACUGCAUGAAUAGUUUUAUAACUAAGGACUUUGGGCUUUCAAGUGUUUAGUAGUAGUUCAUUGUGCAACAUAUUAAACUAUGUUUGCAUCCUUCUGAUUUAAUGGUGUGAAGAUCACAGAAAUGAUUAUGACCAAGGUGACAGGAUUAAAAAAAAAAAACUAUUGGGAUGACCAAGCCUAUGGUUAUACCUAGAGUAGCUUUUUAAGAUCCAGAUCCAUGUAUUCUACAUAACAAAAACCAAGUCUUAGUUAAAAAGAAAUAUUGCUGUAAUUCAGACCAGUUAAUGUAUUUUUUUUGAAAAAAUUAGAUCACAGGUUAAACUUGUUUUUUAAAAAAAUCUGUAUGUAGUUGUAUGCACAUAAUAUGCAGAAAGUCUAAUUUACAUACUGAUGAUUGGUAGCUUGCUAUCAAACUGUAAUGUUUGUGCAAACUGCAAAUCUUCAUCUUAAAGAGGUUAUAGUUUAUUUUUUUAAAUAUUGAAUAAAAUAUAUAUUGUAUCUUCUCAACAUAUAAAAAUUACAAUGUUGGGGUGAUGACUUACUUAUAGAAUUAGUAAAGUGAUUGUUUUCUUCUGUGUAGUACAAUUUUCUGUAUUUAGUUCUUUUGCUUUUAGUAUUAUUUGACACAUUAUAACAUCAUGUAUGUGUUUUCAAUUUUGGUUUAUGUUCUUCUCUUAUUUUUCUUCUAAAGAGUCGGCACAUUGUUCAGAUUCUAUUCUAUAUUUUAAUAUGCAACUUUCCCAUAUUGUGGACUCAAGUACAAAGCUUACCUUGUUUCUGUGUCUUUAUGAUGGAGGAAACACUGCUGGAUAUCUUUUCUUAAAUGUCUGUGUCUUACUUGAGAAUAUUAAUUAGUUCUCUUAAUAGGUCAUGCUAGUACUGCUUCAACAUUUGUUGAUGUAUCUGCUGCUAAGCUGUCCCAAAGUUUUUGCUAAAAGCACUGUAUUGAUGUUUUGUAUUUGAAGGUUCAGACUCAGUGGGGAUGUAACAUCUCUGUUUCUUAUUCAUGGUUGAGAUUGUUCCCUUCCUCUUAGCACCUUGGGUUUGCCUACUCCCCCCCCCCUACUUUAGUUAUAUCUGGAUUGAAUUGCACAGUAGUUUUUAUAAUGUUGACCAUGAAUUAUCCAAAAGUGUGUAAACUUACCAUGUAUGCUUACCAAAUACAUAGAGAGACUCAGUCACUACUUUUCAUGUGUUACUCAGAAAGUACACUGUGGUUCACAAGCUCAUUGUAAUCUAGAGAGAGUGUUACAAUACUCAAUUUUGAAAAGAAGGGAAAGAUAAUUCCACCAAAAAUGGUGGCGCCUGAGUGAAGAUGCAACUGAUCAAUGCUCGGUGUAGCUUAUAAAAUUCAUUGACGUGGGAAUGAAAUAGAAUUAGAUUGGCACAGAAGUCAGAACUUUCCAUUGAACUUUGUAAUUUGCCAUUACAAACUUUUUACUGGAUUACAGGCAACAGUAAUAUGCUGAAGGAUAUGACAGAUAUUUGCAUUUAAAUAUUGUUAUAUGUAUCCUGUUCUAUAAUAGCUUCUGUUAAGUAGAAAUGGCAGUUCUUACAAUAUUUUGUUCCAGUUGCACAGUGGAAAAGAACAAAGCAUAUUCAUAUCUUAUGCGUGUGUUGACCGAAAUGCCUGUAUAAAAAAAAUCUGAAAAUAUGAUUACAAAAAAGAUCUAUGAACAAAACUGGGUAGGACAAUAGUCUGAAAAAAAUAUUUUUACUUGCCUUCCUCUCUGGAGGAAUAUGUAAACCAUGUUGUAAAGACUAUUCUGCCAUUACUUUUGCUCUAGUUUUACAUAUAAGAAAAGGAAAGGUAAGCAUAUAGUUAUAUGAUUAUUACCAAAUGUUUGAUUAUUUUAUUUUACACCAUUUGACCUGGCUUGCGGUUUAUUCAUAAUACAGACGAUAAUAUUAGAAUAAGAUUGAUCAUCUCAUUGAUUACAAAAAUAUUUCAAACAUUGCUAAUGUGCAAUUUAUAGGCAGCUCUUUCAAUGAUUUCUUAAUAAGUUUUUCAUGUAAAACUAUGCAUCAUUCUAUGUCAGAAUGAUGAAUUUGUAUCACAGUGAGACAUUGUUAAAAAUUUAGUGUUUUUCAAACAUAUACAGUAAUAGUAUCUGAUUCAUAAACUGGGUGUCUUGUGUCUUGAUGCUCUUUGUAGAUUUAAAGUAGGCAAGUUCAUAUAUUUUACAACUGAAAUAAGGAAAUCAUAAUAAUUUCAGACUUUUGAUUUGCACUAUUUUGUGGGAAGUAGUUAUUUUUCUGCUGGGGAAUGGAUAUGCGCAUGUAUAUAUGUGUGUGUAUAUAUGUGUGUGUAUACCCACAUACAUAUAUAUAUAUAUAUAUGUGUAUAUAUAUAUAUACACACAUAUACAUAUAUACAUACACAGAUGUGUACUAUUUGUCAGUUGUUGACAAUCAGUUGCUCUAUUACUUGCAAGAUGUAUGUAAUUAUAAUCAUAAUGUAAUAUUCUGAAAUAUAUAUGUAUAUGUGUAUAUUUCCAAACGUUAUGUUUAAUAUUUUUUCAUUAUUAUCACUAUUUAUCUUCAGGGAAUAGAUUUUCAUUUUCUUGUUACAAAUACAUUUUGAAGGAGUAAUUUGAGUGCCAGUAGUACCAUCCAAAUGCCACAGAUUAUUUUUUAAAUUAGUACAAAAAUUGCAACUUUUAACAAAUAAUUAAGGAGAUGAAAUUGACAAUUUUAGUUUAGACUUUAAAGAACAUAUGACUGGGAAAAGACAAAUCAAUCUAAAUACUAUUUGCAUAAAUUAUUUUUUUAAAAUUGUUUUAUAAAUUAUUUCUGGAUAAUCACAUAUCAUGCAGUAUAAUCUUACUGAUUAAAAUUAAACAAAACAUCAUAUUCAACCAAUUAAAAUUAAUAACUGCCAAAGACUAGUAAUUUGAUUUAUUGCUUAAUACUAAAUGCAAUGCAUAAAUUUGGACAUUAGUAGGAUAAAGUAUACAUGUAAAAUCACUUAGAUGAAUCCAAAGUUCAUUCCAACUGUUGAACAACUAAUUUGUUUAACACAACAACCAAACAUGUCAGUGAGAAAGAAGUACUUGACAAAAGUUUUUACUCAUGGUUUACUCAUAGUUCAUUAUGAAUUAAACUCAUUUCCUGUUACCAGUACUUCUGCAUUAUAUCCCAUUAUAAUUAUUCACAUUCAUUUGUACUGUUAAAUCUUUUUAAUAUUGCACUCAUUGGUUAUGAUUCAAAGAUUCACUGAAUCAUUCGAAUAAAAACCUUUAAUUUUUCUUUAAAAUUUAAUCUAAUCUAAUUUAAUUUAAUUUAAUCCUCUUUAAAUAAAUUAUCUUUAAUUUCUCAAAUAUGCUUUAAUAAAAAUACAUGAUAUCACUAUUAGCCUGAAUAUCCAUCUAACUUUUCUGCUGAUUAAUACAUCAAAUAAUAUUUUGAAUAAAAAAUUAAUUCUUUCUUUUGGUUUCCCACAAAUAUUGUAUUGUGCUUUUGUAAAGAACUCUCACUUUAUGUGCAGUAAGGUUUUCAAAAUAGUUUGCACUUAAAACAUAUAAUAUAUUUUGUGGAAAAUAAUAUAUUCAAACUCAAAUCCCUUCAAAAAGCAAGUAGGAUUUUAAAAAUUGGUGAUUUAUAUGUAUUCAUACACCCAUUUCCAUAGUAUAUAAAUUUAAAUACAAUGAGAUGUAAAAGAGGUACAAGUUACAAUAUCCUUUCUUAAAUUUCUGUCAGAAUUGUCAAGGAUACAAGGAUAUGAUUGGAGGACAACUUUUUUUAAAGCCCUGAAAUUGUUUUUAAAUAUAUUCAUGCCUACAGUAAGUAUUGUAAACUUGAAAAGAUAUAUUCAAAAUUGGUUUACUGUUCUUCCCAGAAAUACAAUUUCAAAUGUAUAGUCAUUCCAUGAUUUGUAAUAAGGAGCAUCCAUUUUAUGUUGAGACCUUUAAUUUGCAAAGUAAAUAAAUAUACAAAGUAUUUUCUGUAUAAUUUUGAAUUCUACUCCUAAUUUUAAAAGCUGAUUACAUUAAAUAUUAGAUAAUUAAAAUUGCAGCAUCUAUUAGUACUAGAAAACAGAAACAGAAUAUUUUUGGUGCUUUACUUCAAAUGGGACCAAGACUACUCCUGGCAUUAACAAUAUAAUAUCAAUUCAUACAGUUAAUAGUUUAUCAUGUGUAACCCAACCCAGUGUCUUUAUUCUAUAUAUAAAAUACUUGAAAUUAGUAGAUAGUGGGAAAAAAGCCUAUUUAAUUUACACUGGCUUAUCAACUUUUAUUUUGUUUUCACUUGAACUUUUACUUAUGAUCAACAUAUAUGGUUACUAAUUUGUAAUGUUUCUGUUUAAACAAUUAUCCGCAAUUGGCAUUCUGAGGGAUAUAAAAAUGAAAUAUAUUCACAAGUGUUUAAAAUCUUACACAAGUUAACUAGCCUUCAUUUUGAAAUUACUUUUUACAGUAUUCUCAUUAAUAUUUAGUAUUAGUAUUUCUGAAUGUUGUUGUUGGAUUGGAAAGUAGAAUGUAGAAAUUUGAAAUCAGUCUGUUUAUUGCAAGGUCAUCUCAAAAAAAGAUGAUUCACUUAACUUGGUCACAUUAAAACUUUACUCUUGGAUAUGAAUAACUUCUGACAAGCUACUGAUGGUGAAUGGAGAUGUUAAUUUUUAAUGUUUGUAAACAGAUAUCCUGACUUAACAAUGUUUGAUUCUAGCUUGUUUGACAAUAGUUACAUAAGCUCAUCUUUCAAAAGCAUUUUCUUUUCCCUUCACACCUUCCAUCUGAUCAAUUAUUAUCUAUCAUACAAAGGUUUAUUAUUAAACCAAGAUUUCUGAAGGAUUUUUACUGUUCUGGCAUUAUGUAACCUAUUUUACCUCAUUUACAAAAAACAUAGCUAGCAAAUAGCCCACUUAUUUUAUAGAACAUCUGUUUGACGAAAGGAGUUGAUUUAUGAUAAUAUUCCACCAGCGUAUUGGUAUGAUAUUUGAAACAAAUCAAAAUUUGGUGCUGGUGAAAUGUUAAAUAAAAGUAGUAUAUAAUAUAAAUGCAGUCUUUGUGGCAUUGAGGCCCUAAUUUGGGACCUGUGAAAAACUAACAGAGCUCAGAUGACAUGGUUUUGAAGAUCAUUAUACUGGUGCAUGUAAGCCAUUAUCAUAACUGUCUUACUGAAUCUGGUUAAUGUUGAACUGUGUUAAGUGUUGAAUUUGUAAAUAACUGCCAGAGAUAGAUAAUAUUUUAAAUCAUUGUAAAUAGAGGUGUAUAAAAUUAAACUAAUCUGCAACGCAGAAUAUAUAUGUAUAUAUAAAAGGUGUUUAAAUAAAUAUUGUGCUGUUUCUGGAAAAAUUGUCACAUUGUCAUAUUUUCCCCAGUAUACUUUUACAUGAACAGCAUAUUAUUUUCUCAUAAAACGUGCUUCUUUUGGGUAGAUAUUUUAUAUAACAAUCCAGAAUACUUGUUUUGCUCUAAAGUCAAUUUCUAAAAACUGGUUGAAUAGUGGGCCUGAUCGUUAGUAUUACUUGGCACAGAGCAUCAAUAGGUUUACAUGUUACAGGCCGCUGCAGUAUUUUAAUCUGUGAAACAUUGGGAGGUUGUGUAUUGGUUCUCUUUCAAAUACUCUCAUGUCUUGGGAAUUUAAUAGACAAGAAGAUUGUCAGUGCAACUACUGAUAUAAUUGUUAAAGUGUUCACAUUGGCUUCUAUUCCAUUCCACUCCAUUCCAUUCCAAACUCUUCAUAAUAUCCAAUUAAUAUAUCCAAUUAAUUAUAAUUAAUUAUAUCCAAUUAAUA